GGUUAUGGUGCAGUCUGGAAGGCAGCCCAGCGUCUUGCAGAAACUGUGUCAGCUGCCGUUCCAGUACUUCAGCCACCCGCGCCUCAUCAAAGUGCUCUUCCCCUCACUCAUCUGCGCCUGCUACAACAACCAGCAGAACAAGGUCAUCCUGCAGCAGGAGAUGAGCUGCGUGCUGCUCGCCACCUUUGUACAGGACUGUGCUGCUGCUGAAAACAGCACUGACAACAGGACAUUACAACAAGAGAAAUCCUCCUCUUCACCACUGGAUUAUUGUGAGCUCUCCAACCGUUUCCCUCGAGACCUGUGGGACUCUGCUCUACAGUUUUUCCUGAAGAAACAGGAGGACUGAUUCACUUUAGCAUACAUACACUCUCUUUCUCUUUCUCACACACACAUUCACACAUACACACACACACACACACAUGCAUACACACACUCACUCACUCACACACAUACAUGCAGUUAGGUGCAGUUGCACCAAUAGUAUUUUGCUCACUAUUACACACAAGCUCCAGCGUGGUAAAUACUAGCAUGGUAAUAAUACCAAGAGCUGGCCUUUGGUCACACCUCUCAGUCCACUCUCUCUCUCUCUCUCUCUCUCUCUCUCUCUCUCUCUCU